UAUACUACACAAAAGUCCAGGGAACCAGAAACCACCAUGCCUGCAGGCCCCUCUAACAAACAACAAAUCUCUUCCUCUUCUUCUUCUCCUUCUUCUUCUUCUUCUUCCCCUACCCUAAGCUCCAUGAAGCUCAAAACCCUUCUCCAGACCUUCAUCUUCUCCCAUCUUUACCGCAUUGCACGCGCCGUCGCUAAAGCCAAGUCCAUUCUCUUGCACCUCCUCAAGGACAUCCAUGUCGUCCACUUACUCCACCUCCCAUUGAUGAUGAAAAAGAGCCACAAAAACAAGAACACUAAGCUUUUUCUUGGCUCCUUUAGGCUUCAUUACAACUGGUGCUCCUCCCACGUCGCGCCGGCGCCUAUGCCGGAAGUGAUCGCCGGCGCCGGCGCCGGUGCCGGAGCCGGAGGCCGGGUCUACUACGAUCCCACGUGGAAUUCUUUCCUGUCUGCCGCGUUUGAUCGUGAGGACCCCAAGGAGCUCUCCGGCUACCUCCACUGGCUCGAAGAGAAGGGCCGCGGCGGCGAGGAGAACAACGGCGGCCGCGGCGGCGCCGGCGGGGACGACAUUGAUCGGCUGGCGGAUAUGUUCAUUGCUAACUCUCAUGAGAGGUUCCGGUUGGAGAAAGUUGAGUCGUAUAGGAGAUUUCAAGAAAUGUUGGCUAGAAGUGUAUGAGCUAGCUAACUUAGCUUGCUUAGCUUCAAUAACCUCUCUCUCUCUCUCCUCUCUCUCUUCUAAAUUUUACUCUUUUUUUUUUUGGUUUUUUUUUUCUUUUAAUGAUUACUUACAUAAUGAAAAAUGGGGGUAUGGAGAAUUGUGCAUGCAAUGGUUAAAUCUUGAACGGAUGGGGUUGUGGGAAUUGUGCAAUUCUCCUCUUUUGUUCAUAUAGUUUGAGAUGUGAAAUCAAGUUUAAUUAUUCAAAUUUCAAAGCACUUUAAAUCAUUUUUCUUU